AAAUCAGUUAACAUUCGUGCGCGAACAUGACGUGUUUAGUUUCCAGAGCGACCGUUAAAAUAUAAAUAUUUUGAAUUUCUAACAAGCGUGCCAAUGCGUUGCCAAGUGUUUUGGGCCAACUAAAUGCAGCAGUGAAAACAAUACAAAAACAAAUAGAAAAACCAGCACACAAUUCUUCAGAGUUUGGCGUUGGAAAGACACUAUAUUUAUAAAUAGAAUAUAAAGAGUGCAUUUUGGCAAAGAAAACAUUGCAAAACUAAACAACAAAAUGGCGUGUUCCACAAAGCUAUUGAAAGUAUUUGCACUGAUAUGGGAUUUAAUAUAUGUGCUGCUUGGUGUGGCUGUCAUUGGCAUUGGAGUGUAUAUCAUAAUCAGAUUCGAACAUUUUAAUACCGCCGCCUUCAUCAUCAUUGGCUUUGGCAUCAUCAUCCUGUUGGCCUCGCUCUUCGGCACUUUGGGAGCGGCACGUGAGAGCAGUCGCAUGACAAAAUCGUUUGUGGCCGCUUUGAUUGUUCUGAUCGUGUUACAAGUGCUGACGGUGAGCUUCUUUUGGACAUUCCAAACAUCGCUGCUCAUCAAUGUGGACAAGACGUUCGAUAAGCUCUGGCACAAUCAGCCCGUUCCCAUUAAGCCCGAAAAUGAUAGCCAAAUAGCGAGUAUAGAGAAAUGGCUCGAUUGUUGUGGCAAUGUGAGCUAUAAGGAUUAUAUGCUGCCUCCGAAAACUUGUUACAACAAAGAGACGGAUAAACUUAACUUGGAGGGUUGUCGUCAAAAGUUCUUGGACUACAUUGCCGAACGUUGGACAGCAUUCAAUAUAUUCUCACUGAUUUUAGUCGGUGUGGAGAUUAUUUGCGCUCUGCUCGCCUAUGUGCUGGCCAAUAGUAUUGUGAAUCGCUGGAGACGCUCCAAAUACUUUUCGAAAUAAGUUCCCUCCGUCUAGCAGUCUUCAUAAUUACGCAUACUCAAAAGAAAGGCCAAAGAAUUCUCAAUACUGUGCAAAUACUUACAUACACUACACUAAGCAAUCGAAUUUCCAGAAUAAAUAUUGCGACAAUUGCUAGUCUACCUCAUUUUCAUCCAUCAACAAAUAAAAAACUUAUAAUUACCAAUUGAUAAACUGUUAAGAGUAAUAAAACAUCCGAUUCCGAUACUGAGUCAGCGAAGAGAGAGCUCAACAACAGGUGCCAAAAAAAAAGCAGUGUUCAAACCGAUUUCGAUGUCUACUUACGUAUAUAGACAAUAUUUAAAUGCAUGUAUUUAUUUUUGAUAAGAUUUCUCACAAAACUGUUCAUUAGGGUGCAUCAAUUUGUAUGGACUCAAAAAAUAUUGAAAAUUGGCAGCCCAAAAUCGAAAUCUACGGUCAAUUCUAAGACUUUUCACCAAGAAACCAAGGUUUUAAAAUCCAUUUUUGUUCUACGCUUUUUAAGUUGAAAAAUGUAUUUUUUAGAAAUUUUUAGCAUAUUAUUAUAAGCAUAUUUUUAGUGCUUUAAGUCCGAUUCCGACAGAUUGGUAUCAAAACUUUUGUAAGGAACAGAACUUCAAAAAUUUCAAAGAAUCAAAGGCAUCAAUUUUUCAAGAAACAUAAUUUUCGUCCAUGCAAGGACUAAUACUAAAAAAAUUUUGAAAUCAAAAAGCAGGGACUAGCAAUUAAUUUUGGAACUAAGGUUUCUUGGUGAAAACAUCUUAAAAAUGACCGUAGAUUACGAAUUUGGUUUAACAUUUAUUCUGAAAAAAAUAGAUGCACCCUACUGUUCAUAGUGCCUGCCAUAAGUCACACUUUUUUUUAUGGUCAAUGCAAUUUGUAACAUUUCAAGCAAUAAUGCAACUAUGUAGAUUUGUACUUAUUAAUUACAAUAAAUUCCUAAUAAAUCAUA